AAUUUGCCCAAUUAUCCUUUCAAGUGAAUUGAGCCAGAAACGGCUGCUCGCAUGAGCCAUGGAAGCAAUCCUCUCCUCGUCCGCUACAAUCUCUGCUAAACCUCCCAUAACUCCACACCGGAAAGUCCCCGCGCUCAUAGCUUCCUUUCCCACCAAAACAACACCCCACAACUCCUUUCCCACUCUCACCUUUUCUAGUUCUUGUUACGCCUCUUCAGUUUCAACAUCUCCUACUUCUUCAACUGCCUCCUUUGCGAACUACUACAACAACAAUAAUAAUAAGCAGCGACAUUGGAUGGUGGUCGUCGAUAAACCUCCACUUGAGCUUUCUUCUAAACCGCAAAUCAUUGAUUACUACGUCAAGACACUGGAAAGAGUUUUUGGCAGUGAUAAGGAGGCUCAGAUGUGUAUAUAUCAUGCUUCCUGUGAUACUCAUUUUGGUUUCUGCUGUGACAUCGAUGAAGAACAUGCUUACGAGCUAGCGGGUAUACCUGGAGUACUAUUGGUUAAGCCAGAUCCUGAUUUUGACUCCAUGGAGAAAGACUACAGCCAUUCAAAACUUGUGUUGAACUCUCAGUCUAGCUCAUCCUCCAGGAGCACAUUAUUGUUUCCUGCCGGUACAACUAAAUACUGGCUUGUUCAAAUGGAAAGGCCAGCAAUUGGAGUCAUGAGGAAGCCACAGGUGGUUGAUUAUUAUGUCCAAGUUUUAAUGAGGGUUUUGGGGAAUGAAAAAGAUGCUCAGAUGUGCAUAUAUCACAUUUCGUGGCAAUCAAAUUAUGGCUUCUGCUGUGAGCUAGAUGAAGAGUCUGCUCAAGAAUUAGCUGGUGUGCCCGGUGUUCUAUCCAUCCAGCCGGAUGAGAAUUUUGGGUCAGAUAUUAAAAAUUAUGGAGAAGCCUACAUGGAUCCGGCAGGGAAGAAUUUAAAGCUGCCUAAUCCCUCUGAGAAUUCUUCAGCAUCAAAUCUACCGACCAAUGUUAGCACAAAGAAGCUCUUUGUAACUGGUCUAUCCUUUUAUACGUCUGAGAAGACUUUACGUGCAGCUUUUGAAGGUUUUGGUGAACUAGUUGAAGUGAAAAUCAUAAUGGACAAGAUCUCGAAAAGGUCAAAAGGUUAUGCAUUUGUACAGUACACCACUGAAGAAGCUGCUAGUGCUGCUCUCAAAGAAAUGAAUGGCAAGAUCAUCAAUGGCUGGAUGAUAACCGUUGAUGUUGCGAAAACAAACCCACCUAAAUAUAGCAGGGGGCGGCCAAGACCUGCUAGAUGACCUCUAACAUUCAAAGAUGUCAUUCCACAAGAACAGACCAGUUAUUAUUUAAUCGUAAGUUGGACAGUUGAUCCACUCAACCUUGCUGCAGAAAGAUUGGAGCCCACUGAUAGACGAGUCUUCCCCCCUUUCCCAUGACAUGAGAAAUUGUUUUUCCUCGAAGAUCUCUUCUUAUUCAAGUGUGAACUAAAGAGAGGCUACUUGUAGGGCGAGAAAAGUGAAUCAGAGUUAACCGGCACAUAAUAAUAGAAAAGAAAAUACAUGUUGGAACAGAGUUUUUAUGGAAAGUUUAAUUCAUUGCCAUUCUGGGAAGUAUUAUGAUGGAUAAAUCUGAUGGUAUUAGUAUCUACUGAAGGGUAUUUUGUCAAUCUGUAAUCCCAAAUUGUUGUGGAAAAUUUUAAUAUGAAUGUCCCUCUUACUGUACA